CCCAGGAGUAUCGCUGAGCAGAAGGUAAACAACACGUGCGGGCGAGCGGCCAACGGGGAAGUGACUGCGUUAUUGUGCACAACAUGGAAGAGGCAGUUCUCUAAGUCUGUUUAUAUAUAGAGGUGAAUCAAAACAUAAAAAAAUGGCUGAAGAAAUUGAUUUUGACAAGAAGAAGGCUCAUAAAAAACGUCAUGCAGGACGAAAAGCAGAAAAGAAAGCAGACAAAAACAAGCAUGUGCAAGACUUGACUGCAAAACAGAGAAACCCAAAAGCCUUUGCCUUUCAUUCAGCAGUGAAGGCUCAGAGGACAUUUGUAAGAUCACAAGAUAUUAAAGCAAAAAAGCACCACAUACCAGUUGUUGACCGAGCCCCAUUAGAGCCACCACCUGUUGUUGUGGCAGUGGUUGGUGGUCCAAAGGUGGGGAAAUCAACUCUGCUGCGAUGCCUGAUUAAGAAUUACACCAACCAACGACUAUCUGAAAUCAAUGGACCUGUUACCAUUGUUGCAGGUAAAAAGAAAAAGUUAACAUUCAUUGAAGUUAACAAUGAUAUCAAUUGUAUGAUUGAUAUUGCAAAAGUUGCAGAUAUAGUCCUCAUACUAAUUGAUGCAACAUUUGGAAUUGAAAUGGAGGUUUUUGAAUUUCUCGAGAUAUGUCGUGCACAUGGAUCUCCACGCAUCAUGGGGAUCUUAAAUCAUCUUGACAUGAUGAAGGAUAACAAGGUUUUGAAAAAGAAAAAGAAAACUCUGAAGCAUAGGUUUCAAAUUGAGUUGUAUCCUGGAGCCAAGCUCUUCUUUUUGUCAGGAAUUAUUCAUGGAGAGUAUUUGAAGAAUGAAAUAAAGAACCUGAGUCGUUUUAUCUCUGUCAUGAAAUUCCGACCUUUGACUUGGCGAUCCACCCAUCCAUAUGUCAUAGUGGAUAGAUAUGAAGACAUCACAAAUCCAGAGACUGUACGCCUUAAUCCAAAAUGUGACCGUGAUGUGGUUUUGUAUGGUUAUGUGCGUGGUGUACCCCUUCAGAAGAAUCAGGCUGUCCAUAUUCCAGGUUGUGGAGAUUUCAGGCUUAAGGAUGUUAGCUUCCUGCCUGAUCCUUGUCCCUUGCCUGAACAGCUGAAAAAGCGUUCUCUUAAUGCCAAGGAGAGAUUGAUAUAUGCACCAAUGUCAGGAGUUGGUGGUGUUGUUUAUGAUAAAGAUGCUGUUUACAUUGACCUUGGUGGUUCACAUCAUGGGACCAAGAAUAAGACUGAAGAUGAUGAUGAGGAAGAGGAUGAAGAUGGUGUUCUGGAGCCUCUCCUAAAUUUGCAGAAAACAGCAGAUGAGAAACAAGCUGAAAGCCAAAUCAAACUUUUUUCAAACACGCAGUUCAUCUCUUUGGACAGAGGUGAAACAGAAAUCAAAAAAGAAGAGGGAGAAGUGAAAAUGAGAGAUUUUCAGGACUCAGAAAAUGAACUUCCAUCAUAUGAAACUGUGAAGGAUAGUACAGGGAGAAUCAGAAGACGAGUAAUUUUCCAUGAUAGUUUAGAUGAAGAAGUGGAAGGGGAGAGUGAUGAUGAAGAUGAAGAAGAGGAGCUGGAGGAGGAGGAGGAGAUGGAGAUGGAGGAGGAGGAAGGAAUAGAAAUAGAAGAAGAAAGUGAAUGUAGUGAUGCAGAGAAUGAAAUAUUCCCACCAAAGAAGAGGCAAAAGAGUACUUUCUCCAGUGGGAGGCAGACAAAAGAUACAAGGGCAGACAGUGAUUCAGAUGACUGUGAUGUUGACAGUGAUUUGAAAGACAUUGUUAGAGACCUUGAAAAAGAUCAGGCAAACAAACAAAAAGAAAUCAAACUCAAAGUUGGUAUAAAAGGUUCUGAUAAAAAUAAAAGAACUAUACAAGGCCUUAAGAGAAACAAAGACUUUGAAAUGACAACAAAGAUUCAGGGUAUUUUAGAGAAGAUCAGUACAGUAUCUGGACAGCCACCCAAAGCAAAUAUUGCUAGUAGUGAUUGUGGAUCUGGCAGUGAAAGUGAGGACAAGGAAGAUUAUGAUGAUAAGGAAGAGGAAGAAGAGAUGGCAGAGGAAGAGGGAGAAGAAGAGGAAGAGGAAGAAGAAGCAGAAACAGAAACAGAAACCGAAGAGGAGGAUGAAGAGGAAGCAGAAGAAAAUGAAGAGGAAGAGGCAGAGGAUUUCUCCAGAAUGAAAGAGUUAAAAAAGGAGGGAGGUGUGAGUCAAGUGGAGGGGAUGGAAGAAGAAAAAAUAGAUUACAGGACUGAGAUGUUCAAGCAAGCUACACAAAAUUUUUACAGAAAUCAGAAUACAGUUUCAUACCUGAAGAAGUAUAUUUAUGGUGAAGUUAAGGAAGAAAAAAAAGCAGCAGAAGAAGAGGAGGAGGACCACAUAGGAGGACUCUUCCUUCGUGUCUCAAAACCAAAGAGUGGGAUGAGUACACGGUCUAGUCAGGCAAAUAUGGAUGAAUUAGACACUAGCAGAUACAUUCCACCUGUCCUAAGAGAUUGGAGCUCCAGAGAACUUCUAGAAAGCAUCCGUGACUGUUUUAUGACGGGUGAAUGGAAGGAUGACAAGAAUGCAGAGUCCCUCUUGAAACUUGAUGAUGAAGAUGAGGACUUGUAUGGUGACUUUGAAGAUUUAGAAACUGGACAAAAAUUUUCUGCACCAUCAUCAGAAGAUAGAAAAGAGGGGAAAUCAGGAGAGGAUGUUGAUGAAAAUGUGGUUCCUGAAGUAGAAAAGGAAAAGACAAAAAGAGAGAAGCUCUUAGAAAAGAAGAGACGUCUCAAGGAGAUGUUUGACUCUGAAUAUGAUGGCAAAGAGGAUGGGGAUCACUUUGAUGCCCUCAAAGCAGAGUUGAGUCAGCAAGCUCAGUUAAAUCGAAGUGAGUUUGAAGGACUUGAUGAAGAAACUAGAGUGCAGUAUGAAGGGUUUAGAGCUGGCAUGUAUGUACGUUUGGAAUUCACAAAAUUCCCAUGUGAAUUUAUCACCAACUUUGACAGCAGCUAUCCUGUGAUUGUGGGAGGAUUAUUGGACAAUGAAAGCAACAUGGGUUUUGUAAGAGUACGCAUCAAGGUUCAUCGGUGGUAUCCCAGAAUUCUUAAAAAUAAGGAUCCCUUAAUACUUUCUCUUGGAUGGAGACGAUUCCAGACCCUUAUGUACUAUGCUAAGAGGGAAGACAAUUUUGUUAUGCGUUCUCUGAAGUAUGCAAGGAAGUAUCUCCAUGUUGAAGCCAUGUUCUGGGGUCCUGUAACUACUAUUGGUACAGGAUUUGUUGCUUUACAAAAUAUUGCUGAGCGAGUGUCUGAAUUUCGAAUUGCUGCCAAUGGAGUAAUACUGGAGACUGAUCAGAGCUGUAAGAUAGUAAAGAAGUUAAGACUUUUAGGAACACCAGAGAAAAUUGUUCAGAAAACUGCAUUUGUUAAGGAUAUGUUUCACACUGAAACUGAAAUAGCCAAGUUUGUGGGUGCAAAAGUGCAAACUCAGUCGGGGAUUCGUGGAAUUCUCAAGAAGGCCCAUGGACAUAAAGGAUUUUUUAGAGCAACCUUUGAAGAUAUUAUUAAAAUGAGUGAUGUAAUUGUUUUGAAGACUUGGGUUCCUCUGGUUUUGACCCAGUAUUGUUCAACGAUGCGGACGCUUCUCCUUUCUCCAAAGGAAAAGGCAGAAUGGCAAGGAAUGAGGACAGUUGCACAAAUUAAAAAGGCAAAGGGUAUCAAGAAUGAGGUCAAUCCAGACCAUCUAUACACACCUAUCACUCAACGCAGAGAUUAUGUUCCACUUCCACUUAAGGUUCCAAAAGCAUUACAAAAGGAUUUGCCAUAUAAUUUGAAGCCUAAAGUUACGCCAAAAUUGAAAAAGGUUGAGCGUGUUGUUGUAGUGAAAGAUCCACAUGAAGUUCAGAUGGAUGACUUCAUGAAGAGGUUGAAGGUAAUGAUGGAAGACAAAUUGCAGAAAGAGAAGAAAGAGAUGUUUGUUCGUAAAGAAAAAUUCAUGAAAGAAAAUGCAGAAAAGGAACUUAAGCGUAAAAUGCGAGAGUCACGUAAGAAGAAAGCAGCAUGUCGAAUUUUGGGCAAGAGAGCAGGGAAGAAAAGUGUUGUGUAGUGAAAUGAAAUGUUAUGUGACAAAGAAAGUUCUGAAUUUUUCUUUUUUGUUCAAUAUUCCUUCUAAGAGAAAAUAGAAUGGCAAGAAUUUUGACCAAUAUUUUGCAUGGAUAAUCAUCAUAUCUUAAAACAAGAGUAUAUGUAUGUGUUUUUUCUUUGGAAAUUAAAGGUUUUAGAAAUACAGAA